GCCCAGAUCCUGCCGUCCGGCUCCGACUCCUCCGCUAAACAACCAGCCGCGAUCACCCGUUGCUGCCGCCCGCCCGUACCCACACUAUGGCCCGCGCCCUCGUCCUGCUGGCCGCCCUGCUCCUGGUGGGCAGUGCCGUGCCCGCGGCCCGCGCCGUCUUCCCCCCGUCGCUGAUCAUGGACAUGGCCAAGAUCCUGCUGGAUAACUACUGCUCUCCGGAGCGACUCGUGGGCAUGGAAGAGGCCAUCGCCGCCGCCAGCAGCAACACGGAGAUCCUGAGCGUCGACGACCCGCAGGCGCUCUCCGCCAUGCUGACCGAGGGCGUGAAGAGCACCAUCGGGGACCCGCGCGUGGCCGUCACCUACGAGCCCGGCUACGCGCCCCCGCCCGCGCCCCCUACGCUCACCGACCUGCCCCCCGAGCAGGUGGCGGCCAUGCUGCAGGGCACCGUCAAGGUGGAGGUGAUGGAGGGCAACGUGGGCUACCUGCGCAUCCAGCACAUCAUCGGGGAGGAGAUGGCGCAGCAGAUCGGCCCGCUGCUCAUCCAGUACGUCUGGGACGUGAUCCUGCCCACCUCGGCGCUGGUGCUCGACCUCCGCUUCACCGCCACCGGCGAGCUGUCGGGCAUCCCCUACAUCGUGUCCUACUUCACCGACGCCGAGCCGCUCAUCCACAUCGACACCGUGUACGACCGGCCCUCGGACACCACCACCGAGCUCAUGUCCAUGCCCGCGCUGAUGGGGGCGCGUUACGGCACCACCAAGCCCCUGGUUCUGCUCACCAGCGCGGGCACCAGGGGCAUCGCGGAGGACGUGGCCUACAGCCUGCAGAGCCUCAAGCGGGCCACCCUGGUGGGCGAACACACGGCCGGCGGCUCCGUGCAGAUCGACAAGAUGAAGGUGGGCGACACCGACUUCUACGUGUCCGUGCCCGUCGCCAAGUCCACCAACCCCGUCACCGGGAAGACCUGGGAGGUGGUGGGCGUCACCCCUGACGUGGAGGUGGCCGCGGAGGACGCGUUGGACGUGGCGCUGCGGAUCAUCAACCUGCGCGCCCAGAUCCCCGAGCUGCUGCAGGCCUCUGGGGCGCUCGUCGCCGAGAACUACGCCUUCGAGAGCGUCGGAGCGGACGUGUCCGAGAAGCUGGCUGCGCUGGCUGCAAGCGGCGAGUACGACAUGAUCAACUCAAAGGAGGAUCUGGAGGUUAAGCUGUCUGCCGACCUGCAGAAGCUGUCUGGGGACAAGAGCCUGACGACCACCAGCAACACGCCUGCACUGCCUCCUAUGAACCCCACGCCAGAGAUGUUCAUCGAGCUGAUCAAGGUGUCCUUCCACACGGACAUCUUAGAGAACAACAUUGGCUACCUGCGCUUCGACAUGUUCGGAGACUUUGAGCAGGUGAAAGCCAUCGCCCAGGUGGUCGUGGAGCACGUCUGGAAUAAGGUGGUGGACACGGACGCUCUGAUCGUGGACCUCAGGAACAACGUUGGCGGCCCCACCACUUCCAUUGCCGGAUUCUGCUCCUACUUCUUUGACGCAGACAAGGAGAUUGUGCUCGACAAACUCUACGACAGACCAACCGGCACGACACAAGUGAUGGUCACUCUGCCAGAACUUACAGGUAAGCGCUACGGGACCCAGAAGAGCCUUCUCAUCCUGACGAGCGGAGUGACCGCCGGAGCGGCCGAGGAGUUCGUCUUCAUCAUGAAGCGUCUCGGCCGCGCCAUGAUCAUCGGCGAGACGACGGCCGGAGGCUCCCACCCUCCGGUGACGUUCCGCGUGGGCGAGAGCAGCCUGUUCCUCAGCAUCCCCAUCACCCACUCCGACACGUCCCAGGGUCCCGCCUGGGAGGGUGCAGGCAUCGCACCCCACAUCCCCGUCCCCGCCGACGCCGCGCUCGACACCGCCAAGGGCAUCCUCAACAAGCACUUCGCCGGGCAGAAGUGAGCUCCGCUCUGCGGCGUGCGGAAGGAUCGCGGGGGCCCGGCCUUCGCCUUGGAGUGCCAAAACACCUCAGGCUCUAAAGUUCUCUCCGGGGGGUCAAGGGUCAACACGCAAGGGUCCAGAGCUUCUCUCGCUCUUCUCAUUGGUUUGGAAGUUUCUAGAAAGCAAGCACUGCACCUGAGCCUUCUGUAGCUGACGCUCGCGGUUGGCAGCACAAAACGCCCGUAUCACACAUCCUGGUUUGUACUGUGUGCUUGUAACUGACACUGAUUAAAAGAAGUAGGCCAAAAUGUUGAUUUAAGUAGAAGUACGUCAUGAAUAUUCUUGCACCUUAAUGCUCCCAAAAGCUGUGAUUUAGAUCAAACGUUUGCUGUGGUUCUGUGAAAGCAAUCAUAUUAUGUGUGAUACAACUUGUCCUGUCAAAGAAUUAAUGUUUGUAUUUAUGAACAACAAAAAAAUCAACAUAACUUGAGGAUCUUGAUAUCAUGUGAGGAAUUAUGUAAUUUAUGAUUAAUGCACUCUGGGAUUUCCAAACAAAAUGUUCGUUGUGUUUAUUUGGGAAAACAUGUUUAAGAAAAUGGGCUUCUGUCAGUUCCCUAUGGCACAACAAUAAACAUCUGGAGUUCCUUAUGGCAAAACAAUAAACAUCUGGGAAAACAACAUA